CUUCUCGCCUCCUCACCACCUCACCACUCACUCUUGAGUCUCAUAAUUCCGCCUUUUCCCUCCCCUCCCGAAGAAAACGAUAUUUGUCCCGGUUUCCGUUUUAUUGAAUCGCUCACUGUCUUCAUUCAUUACUUCCUUCCGGGCUCACAUUCAUCGCACCGCCGCCGCCUCUUUUUCUUUAGUGCCGCAUCGGUUCAGACGCUGUCUGCCUGCGUUUGGGUCGCGAUACUCUCAAGGUCCUCUUUCCUUCCGAGUCCUUUUGCUUUCGUCCGGGCUUAUUCCCCCUCUGGGUCCCUUGUUUUGGAACUGGCUGGAUACAAGCAAGGACUUGUGUUGCUCUGAGCCAGGUACGGUUCCGCCUUGAGGGGCAGCAUCUUUCGAGGGGGCUCAGCGCUGAGAGUUGACGACAAAGUUGCCCAUCCCUCCGGUUCUCAAGAGGAGUCAUCAACCAUACCAAUAGCCUUCAACACGUCAGUCUCAUUAUACUUUAACGUUGCCAACGGUUGCAACGUCCGUCAACGGCCGAAUGCUCAACUCUAUACGCUUUCGCCAAUCUCACCUCGAACGGACGGUUUGCCUCCCCCAGUCAUCCCGGAGUGUACACGCCCUCGACCAACUUCCUACGUACCCUGAGUCCAUGGAACUGUAUUCCGCCAGCGAUAACCCGUCACCUCUCCGACCGUCUAUUGUGCUAUAAAGAGCACCCGGUCUCGACAAGAUGGCGUCCUCUCUCUUCUCUCGAAGAAAGCCUCGUCACAGACAUCGAUCUUCAGGACUCAUCAUCAAUUCUUCCACCACCGAGAAUCCCCCUGCCAUACAAACCACACCUACACCCUCAACGCUUGGAGAUUUCUCAAAGAUCUUUGCUUCUCUUCAUUCUGAUAAGGCCGCCUUCACCACACCUACCUCUGCUGAGGACGACACUCGUCAGCCGCUCUUCUCCUCGUUUCAACAACAUCUCUUGGAUCCGAGCCCCUCUCCAAGCCCGCGUGUCCUCUUCUUCAUUCCGGACCACGUCAUCAGAGAAACGCUAUCCUCACAGACAUCCACGACAAGAAAGCUGAAAGCUGUUCAGGCGGGCAAGGCUCCCACCACCAUCAUGCCUUGUUCUUAUUCCAUGGCCGUUGCUGCCGGCCUCCCGCCUUCCCCGCCUCUUUCUGCCCAUUCGGAGGAUGGCAUCACUUCUCCUAUUCGGCUGGCCACUCAAUCUCCCGCUUCAUCUAAUGGCUUGGAUCUUGCCGGUGAACGUCUCCUGAAGAAACAACUCUUGGAAAGAUCUCUGGCGAUUGUCAGCGAGCCCUUGGAAGAUCGUCUUUUUCAACAAUUCGGAGCCCACGACUUUUGGGUCAAGUCUCAGUUUCAAAUGCAGCACGGCAACGGCGUCUAUCAGUUUUAUGACGGCUCCAACAUCACCGUCAGCUUUUACAACGCCGUGAAAAGGCUGCGCGGCCUUGGCAAGAAUGAUAAGCUGCCCGCCUUCUUCGACCUCCUCCAGUUCCAACAUGUGCUGGAACGCCAUCGGGUGGUCAAGCGGCGCUUCAUCGCUGGAUCGAGAAACGUGCAGGGCGCAUUGCCGCGCUACCUUCUUGAAGCUCAACGGGCCAAUUUCGAGACCAAUGUCGUCUCUCGGGUGCCCAAGUUCCCCGAGACCUCUUUUGAGUCCGCGGGUGACUUGCGGGGAAUACAGAUGUGCGAGCAAGGCGUCGAUGAGCUCGUCCAUCUCGCCAUGUCGGAGACCAUCUUAGACAAUCUUAGGGCUCCGGGCAUCAUGAUCCUCGCCACUGGAGAUGGCAAUCCUGGCCAAUACACCACGGGCGGAUUCCCCGACUAUGUUGAGAAGGCUUUGCUCGCGGGCUGGGUUGUCGAGGUUUACUCAUUCUCCGAGAGUGCCCAUCCUAUCUGGAGCGACCCUGAGUUUAUCAGCGAUAAGCGCUGGAGAGGUCGCAUGAGCUUCCACACUCUGGACAGCUUCAUCCCCUACCUCAUCGGUGCGGCCAGGGGUCGCGCCUGAUUUUUCAAUGGGAACGGUAAAGGAAUAAUGUGCAUAAAAUGUCUUUUUUCUGGAAAAGUCGGAAUCAUGACAGUCACGAGGGCGUUGGUGGGUUUUUCCUGUUCUUCGGUUUUAGAUACCCGUCUCUCUCUGUCUCUACUUCUGUUUUGGCUGGUUCAUCGCCCAUCUCUCUUCUUACACACGCACAAACGAGCCUCGAUCUAUAUAUGGUGGCGUUUUGGAUCCAGGAGGGCGCAGGCAGGCAGGGUUCAGAAUAUGGCUUCGGAACAGGAGCGACGACUGCAGCAUGAGAUUCUAUUAUAGACAAAAGGACAUAUCAAUGACACUCGGGGCAUACAAUUUUUAGCCUCUCCA